AUGCUUUUAACUCCUUCAUCAACUUCUUCAUUUAAUAAUAAUAAUCAAGCCACAAUCAAUAAUAGACCAUCUACACCAAAUUCUUGUUCAUUUAUAGCUGGUUCUACUACAAAAAAUUUUUCAAGAGCUAUACCAAAUUCAUUUUUAAAACCUUCUGUUGAUCAUGAUUAUGAAAUUAAUGGUACUACAAUUGAAAAUAUAAAUAAAUCAUCUAAUUUUUAUAAAUUAAUUAUGGAUUUAAAAUUUUUAUUAGCUGGUAAAGGAUUAUCUUCAGAAGAUAUAGAUAUUGAAAAAGUUAAAGAAUUAAUGAAAAAUUAUGAUUCUAAAUUAGAUGAUUGGCAACAUUUAGCAUUACAUGAUCCAAGUAGAAAUUAUUCAAGAAAUGGUAUUAUAAAUUUAAAUGGUAAUGCAAAUUUAUUAAUAUUAGUUUGGUCACCUGGUAAAUCAAGUGCUAUUCAUGAUCAUGCUGAUGCUCAUUGUUGUAUGAAAAUUAUAAAAGGUCAAUUAAUUGAAUCUUUAUAUGAUAUACCUGAACAAAGUGGAUCAAAAUUAAUUUGUAAAAAAACUACAAUUUUAAAUCAUAAUGAAGUUGGUUAUAUUUCUGAUAAAAUUGGAUUACAUAAAAUUUCAAAUCCUUUAAAUAAUGAAGUAAGUAUAUCAUUACAUUUAUAUACUCCUCCUUAUGCUGCUAUGUAUGGUUGUUCAAUGUAUGAAGCAAGUAAUGGUAAAAAACAUCAUUGUGAUAUGUCAAAAUAUUAUAGUUGGCAAGGUAAGUUGAUUAAUGAAAAAGAAUCACUGAGUUGUUAA